AUGGGAAUUUCGGUGCUUGAUAAACUACUACCGCUUGAGGGUGGGGGAGUGGAAACCACCUUCAAAGAUGUCGCAAUUGUUUCCAAUUCACUUUUGGAACACUACCGAUCCGAUCUCGAGGCCGACAAACUGAUCGAUAUAGCUGAAGCAAUGUCACACUUUCAUUCAUAUAAUAAAGAGUUGUCGCAACAUAGAAAGAAACUAGAACCAGUGGGAGCUAUCCUCGAAGGAUUUUCGAACGAUUUAAAAGAUUUAUCCUCAAGUUUAGUGUCGCUUGAACAACAAUCGACUGAAUUGUCCAGAGACUCCCACACCAACAAAAUGAUAACACAAAUGUUAGAAAAGACAAUCAAUGAAAAAGUGCUACCCCCAGAGCUCAUACGAGACAUAUUAUACGAGGAGUUGUCAAACAAGUAUUUUGAAAAGGUAAAUUACUUAUUAGAUAAGAUGAAUGAGGAAGAGUCAUUGUUGGUUAAAGCCAAAGUGGUUGAGCGAACCAGGGAUUUUGUCAUAUCUCAAAUUCGAGCGCUCAGAACAAAGCCGGUAUCGUCACAGGAGGUACAAAAUAAGCUCCUUGGGUGUACAGAUUUGUUUCAUUUUCUACAGUCGCAACAGCCCAAACUAGGAGAACAAUUACAACGAGCAUACCAGAGCACAAUGAGGUGGUACUACAGAAGCAAGUUUGCAAAGUAUAUAUAUUCCUUGGAAAAGCUUCCCAGGAGACACCUUGAGGUCUCAAUAUUUGACUCACCAAACUAUUUGUCUACAUUUGAAUCGAGGUUUCAAAUACUUACAAACACAGACUCCUGCAUUCCGUCGCAAUUAGCAGAAACUAUAACUGUCCCCUAUACAAUAGAGUUUGUCUUUCUCCAACUCCUUCGAGCAAUUUCCGAUAACUUGACUGUGGAAUAUUUGUUUGUUGUUGGAUUCUUUUACCAAGGGAAUGAAACUAAUCACACCUGGGCAUCGGAAAUGUUUCAAGACGUGUUUAAAAUGAGCACAGACUUUCUCGCACUCAUAACUGAAGGGACUUGCGAUGUGUAUGGAGUAUUACUCAUUAUUAAAUUGAUUCACAAUUUUCAACAAAAAUUACAUGAGAAUCACAUUCCCGCCCUCGACGACCAUCUCAACUUGUUGUUGCUAACGCUCUGGCCCAUGUUUAGCAAAUUGGUCGAUCUCAAUUGUGAUGCGUUGAAAAGGCAAAUACCAAGAACACCAAAGUCUUUGGUUCCGUUGAAUGUCACCCAGCAAUUUGCUUUGUUCUAUCUGGGAUUGCUCCGGUUGUCAUCAGAAGGUGAGCCCUCGGUGACAGCUAUUACAAGGCUAAGAAACGCUUACGAAAGUAAUCUUACCAAAGCAGCAAAUGUAUUUAGAGGUCACGACAAGGAAACUUUUCUUGAUAGAAAUUAUUCACUAGUGUACACAAUUGUGUCAAAUGAGGCAGAAGACUCUGUAUCCGAAAUCAAUCACUUUGAAAAACUAGCUAGUGUAUACAAAUCAUAA